ACCACUCAUCUUUUCCAUCUUCUUCUAAGAAAAUACUUAGCCUUUGUGUCUCUUUACUUUGGGUUUUUGAUUGUUUUGAGGAUGAAGUCUAUAGCUGUUCUUCUGUUGCUGAUGAUGAUGGUAAGCUCUUGCAUGGCAAUACAAAGAAAGGCUCUUCUGAAAGAAACAUAUGGGCAAGCCCAGCAAGGCCAGCAGCUUUCAGAGAAAGCUAUGGGAGUAAAAGGUGAAGAGGAAGAGAGUAAAAGUGGGUACCCUGGAAGUGGAAGCAGCACUGAUAACCACCAUGGCAUCCCUAGACAGGACUUCAAUAGCUGGGCUGGAACCCCUGGAGAUAACAGUGGGAAUGGUGGUGGGUAAUAGGAAGGUUCUGUUUGGCAAUGUUUGCUAAAAAAACUAGCCUAUAUAGGAGUAAAGUUUUUAUUUAUGUAUUUUGUGGGUAGCUUAUGAAGUUCAGUGGAUGGUUUUUGAGUACUAAAUAGAUAGUGUUUCACCUCACUCACUGGAUAUAAUCUUAGUUAUGUCUACAUAUAAAUGAGAGAGGGAAUAGAUAUAUAUUUGGACGAAGGACGUUUGUCCUUCAUGCAUGCAUGUGUGCAUGGCUUGCACUAAAGAAUCAUAAUAAGUGGAAGGUAAUGCAUUGGAUGGACAUCCAGGCCGCCCUAUAAUAUAGUCAUUAUAGCUAUUGAUUUUCCUGUAUGUUCCUAUAAGCAAGUACAGUUUGUAUUAAAUCAAUGGGAUGCUUGACCUUAAUAUUUAUCAUUUAUAUGGCUUGUGUC